AUGGGUUCCACAACAGACUCAAGAGCUGGAAAGGAGGACACGGAAUCGGCAGCUCCCCCACCAUACUCGCUGGUGUCCGACAAUGGACUCAUCGAAGAAUCCGGUAAUGUACAAGCAAAUGGUCGUAUAGACAUCAAUCUCGACUCCAAGAUCGCGAGAACGCUCGCCAAGAUCAUCGACCUGCAGCAAGAAGACCUCCACAACCCACCGCCCAAAUAUAUCGAUGAUUUGAAGCAUUCUACCCCAUUUAAUCUGAAUUUGAAUAUUGUUAUUCAGAUUGUGGGAAGUCGAGGGGACGUACAGCCAUUCAUUGCACUGGGGAAUGCACUACAAAAGCACGGUCACCGAGUCCGCAUUGCCACACAUGAUGUCUUUGCCAAUUUUGUACGCGAAUCGGGCUUGGAGUUCUACCCCAUAGGCGGCGAUCCGGCCGAGCUGAUGGCAUACAUGGUCAAGAACCCUGGGUUGAUUCCACAAAUGAAGACAUUGCGCGAUGGGGAGGUGCAAAGAAAGCAAGCCAUGGUCGCAACAAUGCUCGAUGGCUGCUGGAGAUCUUGUAUACAGGAUGAUCCUCUGACCCACGAACCAUUUGUUGCUGACGCUAUAAUUGCGAAUCCCCCAAGUUUCGCGCAUGUGCAUUGUGCACAGGCAUUGGGUAUUCCCGUUCAUCUGAUGUUCACGAUGCCUUGGAGCAGCACCAAGGCGUUUCCACAUCCUCUUGCCAAUCUCAACCCUUCAUCUAUGGACCCACGAACUGCAAACUGGGUCUCCUACGGGGUUGUCGAGUGGUUGACGUGGCAAGGUUUAGGGGAUGUCAUCAAUAAAUGGCGAACUUCAAUCGACUUGGAGCCUAUACCAGCUACAGUAGGCCCAAGCCUACCAGAAGCGUUAAAGGUGCCCCACACCUAUUGUUGGUCCCCUGCACUCGUGCCAAAACCAAAAGAUUGGCCAGCAUAUAUUGACGUCUGUGGCUUUUUCUUCCGAGAUUCACUUACAUACAGCCCGCCUUCCGAAUUGACAGCGUUCUUGCAAGCUGGGCCACCGCCCGUCUACAUCGGAUUUGGGAGCAUUGUUGUUGAGAAUCCCCGAAAGCUGAUAGAUACUGUCGUUAUUGCAGUUGUACGAUCCGGUGUACGUGCAAUUAUUUCGAAGGGCUGGAGUGGGCUAGUUGGAAGCCCGAACCCCAAUAUCUAUUACAUUGACGAUUGUCCACACGAAUGGCUCUUUCAACAUGUUGCGGCAGUUGUACACCAUGGCGGCGCUGGAACCACUGCCUGCGGUCUCAAGAAUGGUAAACCCACUGCGAUUGUGCCUUUCUUCGGAGAUCAGCCCUUCUGGGGAAACAUGAUCUUUAGAGCUGGAGCUGGACCCAAACCAAUUCCAUAUGCGUCUCUGAAUUUUCAGCAACUCUCCGCCGCGAUUGAAUUUUGUCUUACACCGCAGGCAAGAGAAGCAGCACACAAAAUCUCUCUUAAAAUGCGCACCGAAACGGGAGUAGAGAAUGCCGUGGAAUCAUUCCACCGCAAUCUUCCCAUGGACAAAAUGCGAUGUGCAUUGAUCCCCACACAGGUCGCAACUUGGAAAUAUAAAAAGAGCAAACGGCCCCUGAGCUUGUCAAGAGCAGCCGCUCAGUUCUUGAUAGAGCAUCAGAAGAUUGAUGAAAAACAUCUUGAUCUACACCAUCCGAACCCAAUUGUGGUUGAAAAUUGUCGCUGGGAUCCAAUUAGUGGAAUUAUAUCCGCUGCCACAACCACUGGGUCAAGCAUGUUGCACUCGACUGCAGAUAUGAUUUAUGAUCCUUAUAAACAUUACAAGCGCAGUCGCUCACCGAGGCCCCCUGCCGAGGCCAUGAACAACACCCCAUAUACCAGGAAUGCCGCCGAUGGCGAGUCAUCUUCAUCGUCAAUGCAACUCGCCGGCCAAGAGUUGCUCGAAAGUCGCUCUGGUCCCACGCAUGCUUUGAGCCCUCGUGACCAAAAUGGCUUCCUCGUUGCAGGGAGCAUGUUAGGUGCCACCAUAAAAGGCUUCAGUAAGUUCACCGGUUCAUAUUUCAAGGGGGUAGUGGUCGACAUUCCACAUGCCGCGGCCGAGGGAUUCCGCCAAGUCCCACGAUUAUACGGAGAAACGCCAAAAGAAUACGACGCAAUCCAAGACUGGAAAUCCGGGGCCAUAUUUGGUGGCAGAAAUUUUGUCGAUGGCAUGGCUGAUGGGUUCACCGGUAUCUUUACUCAACCAGUGAACGGAGCGAAAGAAGAGGGUGCUUUGGGUGCCGUGAAAGGAUUUGCUAAGGGCACCAUUGGGCUUGCUACUAAAGUCCCCUCAGCGGGGAUUGGACUGGUAGCUUACCCAUUCCAGGGAAUCACCAAGAGCAUCGAGGCAGCUUUUCGCUCGAAUUCACGCAAAGCUAUUGCCAGAGCGCAGCUGAAGUGCGGAUACUUUGAGUCUGCCAGGUUGGAUAUGGGUGUCGAACUUCGAGACAAAGUGCUUCAAUCCUUCGAUGCAUUCUCCUUUUCCUCAGUUUAUGUUUCUAGAGCCCCCUGA